AUGGAGGUGAGUUGUCUUGGAAGCUGCUUGCUCCUCUUGUUAUUUCUUUGUGGAAAUGUCAACAGCGCAGAGGGUCCAACCAGCAAAUGUAAACUUUCUCCUGAAUCAAAGUCAGAACGGAGCACCCUCAAUCGACUGGCACCUCUGCUUCACAAAAAUUUUUCAGUGAUGGUGAAGAACAACACAGAGAGCUACACGUAUGUGUUUCAGUUGUGUGGAGACGCAGAUGGCGUCGUAGGAGCCGGAGUUGUUCAGAAAGACCAUCAGCUAAAGAAAAUGACCGUAGUCGGGAGAUACAACUCAACAAAGGCCAUCGGAGGAAGUGACUGGGUGAUGUUGAUUUAUGAAAAUGGGGAUAACUAUAACAGCCACUGUUCGGGAGCAAAUAGACAAGCCAUGGUUAUGAUUUCCUGCGACAGAACGAAAGAUCAGGGCUCACUGGAAGCAGUGAUGGAGGACAGAGACAGAAAAGACUGUUUCUAUCUGUUUGAAAUGGACACAAAUGCAGUGUGUCCAUCUCUCGACUCGAAGCUCAGCGCAGGAUCCAUCAUACUCAUUGUAGGGCUCUGCCUUGUCGCGGCAUAUUUAACCGGAGGGUUUCUUUAUCAAAGACUAAUUGUUGGAGCCAAAGGAAUGGAGCAGAUUCCAAAUUAUGCUUUUUGGGCAGAGAUUGGAAACCUCUCAGCGGAUGGAUGUGACUUUGUUUGUCGCUCAAAAAACCGUGAGGAGCCAAACGCAUACAGAGGAGUAUCGUCUGAGCCUCCAGAGGAGGACCCAGAGGAACGAGACGACCACCUGUUACCCAUGAGUCUGGGACCCGAAGCGUCGCGGUUCCGGCGGCGUCCGGUGAGCUCUCGUCGGCCCUUGAAAAUCCAGGGGAGAAGGUGUAAAUCUCGCGCCAGGCCGUACCCAUAUCCGCAGCAGGUCUCCAAGGGCUGGGUCGGUCGGGCUGGGGUGCGAAGCGGGUCUGGGCACGUGCCGCGGCUGGUGGAGCAGCCGCCCCGUCGCCCCCCCUCCUCCGCCGCCGGAAGCUCGGCGCGCGGCCCGUCCGUGGGGGUCCUCCGCACGGGAGGACCCCCACGUGGCAAAUUCCACCCGGAAUUCGCCGGGAAUUCAACUCCUGGGCCUAGUUCUACGAAGAUCAGCGAAGGGGAACAGACGAGCACACUGAGAAACAGGUGCUGA